AUGCAGCAGUUGUGGGUAGCACGGGAAACUAAGAAGAAGGAGAGAAUCAUCAAAGGAAGAGACUUAGUCGAUAUUGUCUUCUCUUGGUCGGUUCUUGAUGUUCUGAACUCAAAUCUUUACAAAGGACAGGUUGGGAAGAUCCCUACCACAUUCACAUCUACAAAAGAGUAUUUGGAGUCGUUUGUUAAUCCUCUUAUUGAAGAGACACAUGAAGCUUUGUUGUCAAGUAUGAGAACGUUACGCCGUGCACAAGCAUUCAAGUUUUGGGAAAUCAAGCCAGCUAAAGAUUUCAAAUCUCCCAAUAGUCUUUAUUAUGAGGUUACUUUGGAGAUGAUGGCUGGUAAUAUGACUAAUGGAGGUCAAAAUUUGGUAGAGUUCAAUGAUCUUCUUGCAGUGACAGAUAAGAGGCCUAUUCGGAUAGAUGACUUGAGAUUUUCCAAUGAGCCUCUUUUGUUAGCUCUUGUUUGUGGAGUGAAUGAAGAUAAUCCACAUUUGAUAACUAUCUUGGCUUCAAAACCCAUUAUUUGCGAGGAUGAUGACGAUAACCGAACGUCGAAAAAGAGAGGAAAGGGUGGGAGGAAAAGCUUAAGCAUCUUUGGGGUUAAUUUGAUCAACAUGAUGACCAAUAUUCGUAUUUGGACCGCGUUGCAUCCUGAUCCAGAAGGAGGAAACUUGAAGCUUAUUUCAAGAGUACUUCAAAGCAACAAUGAGGUUGAUGGAGGAAGUUGUGUUGCCUGUAAAGAAAACAGUGAGAGUGUUGUGUCACAUGACUCAGCGCGAAUGCUACGUUCGUUCAAACUGAAUUCAUCUCAAGAAGACGCGAUUUUGCGUUGUCUAGAAGCUAAAAGCUGUUACCAUUUCAACAACAUCAAACUUAUAUGGGGACCUCCGGGCACGGGGAAGACAAAAACAACAAGUGUUCUGCUUUUGAACCUUCUGAAAUUGAGAUGUAGGACACUGACUUGUACUCCAACUAACAUAGCUGUUUUGGAAGUUUGUUCAAGGCUUGUGAAAUUAGUCUCUGAGUCAUUGAACUUUGGUGGGUAUGGCCUUGGAGAUAUUGUGUUGUUUGGUAAUAAAGAAAGGAUGAAAAUCGAUGACCGGGAAGAUCUUUUCGAUGUCUUCCUUGAGUACCGAGUUGAGGAGCUUUAUAGAUGCUUUAUGGCAAUGACUGGAUGGAGAGCAAAUGUAAACCGUAUGAUCUGUUUGCUCGGUGAUCCGAAAGAAGAGUAUCGCCAGUACAAUCUCGUAAACAAAACAAGCCUCUCGUUUAAAGAAUUUGUGCAGGAAAGGUUUAGCAGACUAAGAAAUGAGCUGCAGCAUCAGUUUCCAACUUUGAGCCUGCAUCUACCAACUACAUUACUCUCCUUUCGAGUGGCGGAGAAAAUGAAUCAGACUAACCAUCUCCUUAGAGAUAUCGCGAUUUCUGAUAUCAUGGGAGAUGGUAAUAAUAAGUCUUGUCAUGGAAGAAUGAAACAUGUCCCAAAAGAUACUGUGGAUGAAAAUGAUAGAUUGGAGAAUGAUACAAGAAAACAAGAUUGUCUUGACAUGUUGAUAUCAAUUUCUUUAAGUAUCAAACUUCCAGAUUUUAUAUCAAAGUUUGAACUCAAAAGACUCUGCUUAGCAAAUGCAUAUCUACUUUUCUGCACAGCAUCAAGCUCUGCCAAGUUACACUUGAGUACUCCACUACAGCUUCUUGUGAUAGACGAAGCGGCUCAGUUAAAAGAAUGCGAAUCAGCGAUUCCUUUGCAGCUUCCAGGACUUCAACACGCUAUAUUGAUCGGUGAUGAGAAGCAAUUGCCUGCAAUGAUCCAAAGCAAGAUUUCUUCUGAGGCUGAUCUUGGGAGGAGUUUGUUUGAAAGAUUGGUGUUGUUGGGGCACAAUAAACAGUUACUGAACAUGCAAUACCGAAUGCAUCCUUCGAUUAGUAUUUUCCCAAACAGAGAGUUUUACGGUAUGAAGAUUCUUGAUGCUCCUUCUGUGAGAGUGAGAAGUUAUGAGAAAAAGUUCCUUCCUGAGAAAAUGUAUGGACCUUACUCUUUCAUCAACAUAUCCUAUGGAAGAGAACAGUUUGGAGAAGGAUUCAGUUCAAAAAACAUAGUGGAAGUGUCUGUUGUGGCUGAGAUAGUCUCAAAGCUUUACUCAGUAUCAAGAAAGACGGGAAGAUCGAUCAGCGUAGGGGUGAUUUCACCUUACAAGGCUCAAGUGUUUGCAAUCCAAGAAAGGAUAGGCGAAAAGUAUAAUACUGGAGAGUCAUUUACUGUGAGUGUUAGGUCUGUAGAUGGGUUUCAAGGAGGAGAAGAAGAUAUCAUUAUAAUCUCGACUGUUAGGUCUAACGGUAAAGGAGUAAUCGGUUUUUUAUCUAACCAACAAAGAACCAAUGUAGCACUCACACGCGCGAGAUAUUGCCUGUGGAUUCUUGGAAACGAAGCAACUUUAACGAGCAAUAGAUCAGUGUGGAGGAAGUUAGUAGACAAUGCGAAAGCACAAGAUUGUUUCCAUGAUGCAGAAGAUGAUGAAUCAUUAGCUCAGUGUAUUGAAAGAUCAACAACAGCACUUGAUGAUCUUGAUAAGCUUCAAAACAAGAAACUCAUUUCCUUUGAAAAUUCGAUAUGGAAGGUUUGGCUUAGCUAUGAGUUCUUGAAAUCUCUGGAAGUUAUAGUAGACUCUGAAGUUAACAAAAGAGUUAUGAACUUUUUGGAGAAGUUAUCUAAUGGGAAAGAGCUUCAACACGAGGUUGAGAAUGAGAGUAAGAGUCAGUUGAGACAAGAGGAGAUUGAUGAUGGCCUCAGCCUCAUAUGGGCAAUAGACAUAACCAAGAAUAACAAUCACUAUGUCCAAGUUUUGAAGAUCUGGCAGGUUCUGUCAUCUUCUGAUGUUUCUCAUGCCAUAGAACAUCUAGAGAAACAUUACAAGAGAUACACAAAAACCAAGAUUAAUCGGUGUAGAUACGUAUGCUCUCAAGGAGAUUUAGUUAUACCGAUGAAAUGGCCGAUCGAUUCGGAUUCUUGCACGAAGAAAGAUAUCGUAAACGACGUUUCAAGAUCGUUUGCAUUGCUGAGUGUUGUUGAGGAGGAGGAGCCUUUGACUCCCAAACCAAUCAAGAAGAUAAGGAAUAUGUGGAAAAUGAGAAGAAAGGUUCAACUUUCAACAUCUAACUCCAAAGACCCUAAGUAAAUUUCCACUGUUUCUUUCGUAAAAAGCAGACAAUGUGAAUCUGCUUCUUUUGUGUCUUGUUGUAAUCUCUCUUUCUCCAUUAUCUUUUUGCUAUUUUGUGUCGGUAAAUACUAAUUUGGGUUUUGUGAGGAUUCUCAGAAACUUGUUCCGAAAGGACUGUAGUUUUUUAUUGUGUUUUGU